CAAAAUGGAAGGUUUCUUCGAGUAGAUCUGAAAUUUCUGUUGGAAGGGCAUUCCUUUUCAAUAUGCGAUAGAAGAUUCCGGUGCAUUCAGCAAUUCUUUAACACUAAGGAAAAAAUCGAAACUCCUCAAGAAUGGGCAAUUUCUCUACGAAAUAGCCAUUUACGUAACGUCAGAAGCCACUGGGUAAGCCUUCAUCAGAUAAUGAACUAUAAAUUUUACUUAAAGAACAAAUACAUUGCUAGAAGCGAGGACAUUAACGGAGAAAAAUUCGGAGUGGGAAAAAUUGCGUUUAUGAAUUUUGGCUAUGGUGAGAUACCAGAUCAAGAAGGAAACUUAACGCUUACCAGGCACAAUGAAACCGCCUUUAUCAGGUUUACAAUGGAUACCGUAGAAAAGCCAACGAUUGUCUCUUUUGUAAAGAAGAAACAAUGUGACGAAUUAAAUCCAGCGGAUCUAGUUCCUGUGAGACAAGAUUGCAGACCUGUUCGCGAAAAUGUGAGACCAAAUUGUAUAACACUCGCCCAGAAAUAUUUAUCUGAAAGGGCUUUACGGUUCUUCACUGCAUUGGCAGUUGCUGAUCAGGACAGUCAUGAUGCUGACUAG